AAAAAAAAAAAAUCAAACUAAAAUAUUAAUAGUAAAAAAAGUAUAAAAUGUGGGUAAAGGCUAAGGGAGAUGGAUGCAGACAUAAGAUGUCUUUGUUUUUCUUAAUCUUGAAUAUUGUUAUUGCAUUUGGUUUAGGAGUUAUCUCUGCAUAUAUGUCUAGUAAUGGAUGUUCAAGAGUGUUUCCUGCAGUGGCAGUUAUUAGUUUCUUAUAUUUAGUAUUGAAUUUUGUACUAAUAUUAUGGGAUAAAGCAUGGAGUAAAGUUUUUAGCUAUGUUAACCUAUUCUUGAUAUUUACUGUAUUACUCAUAACGGUUGUAGGUCUUGGAUUCUCUGUUUAUCAAUCUACUUGUGAUGUAAUAGCCUGCUAUUAAGGUGCAGCUUCAAUAAUAGAUUCAUUCUAUCGUGAUUUCCAUUCAGGAGAAAAAUCUUCUCUUGAAGAUUAAUAAUGUGAUUUAGCGAGUAAUAAGGUUAUUGGGUAAUAUGUAUCUAUCAAAAUUUCAAAUUAUUUAGGCAAUGGUUAUGAUAGCAGAAAUAAUUUUUAUAUCAUAAAAGGUUGGCCUAUUGGCUUUUUAGUUUUAUAAUUGAUAUUAAGUCUUAUGCAUAUGAUUAAAAUUUUUUAAAAUCUUUUCACUUGCAAAGGCUGUAAACCUAAAGCUAGAGAUGAAGCUUAUAUUUAUUAUUUCUGAAUUUAUUAAAUAAUAUUUUAAAAUAAAAAUAAAUUAUUUAUUGUAUUUUGUCUAUAUUUAAUUUAUUGUUUAAUCAAUGAAAAACUUUAUUAUUUUACAAAUAUU